AUGCCAGAGGGCUCGCGAAUCGUCCGUCUUGCUGAUGUGUGGAAGACCUGUAAUAAGAUCCGCGCGGCAGCUUUCCGUGUUGGUCUGAACCUAUGGGACUUCUACCGCCCUCUUGACCCUGAAGGGAACUCACUCAUCUCUGAGUCAAAAUUCGUCUCGGUGUUAGCCGGUCCACUGCGGUCAGUGAUCGGACUUUCUGACGCUGAAAUCGCGCAGUUGGCAGACUACUUCCGCGCACAAGAUGGCCGCGUGCUUUAUCACCAGCUCUGCCAGAUUGUUCAUGGAGAAGAUGACGGCGGUCGCGAGCGAACAUCUGCUGAAUGUAUACUUGAAGCUUGUCCUCCGCCACCUGAACCUGCCUGCCACAAGCUCGAUAUUUGGCAGAUGAGACGCCUCUGCUGCCUGCUGGCUACCAUCGCGCAGCGGGAUAUUCCACUAAAACCUUACUUCCAGGACUACGAAUUGGUGGCGAAAAACGAUGGACGAAUAACAUUUGCGCACUUUGCGCGUAUUCUGAAUUAUAUAGGUGUACUGGUUUCUCCAGAGGAUUUUAACCUCCUAGUGCGGAAGUUCAUCAAAGAUUCAUAUACACUCGACUACGUGGAGUUCAUAAAAGCUGUCGAAGCCGUUAAGAAAGAGGGAAUACGCGGUCUAGGGCCGGAAUACAACAACCCAGCGGCAUUGAUAGACACGACUCUACCAAAAAUAGUUCGUCCAGAGAUAGAAGCGGGACUAUCCACCGCGCCACUUGGUGCUUUAGAUGUAUUCCACCCUGCACUGCAGGGUCCCAAGCCCUCACGACAUCUUCUCGACCUUAUGCUUAGGGUUCAAGAAUUUGUUUUGCAGAGGCGAGUUCGGGUCUCGGAAUUCUUCCGUGACUAUGACCCACUGAAUAGUGGGCGCAUAUCACCGCAGCAGUUCAGACGCGCGCUGGACGUCAUGGGCUUCGGCGCUAUACUCUCGGAUCUGGAUAUGCUGUGCAUCACCAGACAUUACAUUGAUCCCAAUCAGCCUGAUCGCGUCUGCUGGCGGACUUUUGAGGACGAUUGUGAUCAGGUGUUUACAAUAAAGGAGCUAGAAAAACACCCAGAGGUGUCAGCGGGCGGAGUUGCAGCGGCGGUUUCAGAGCUUCCGCCUCUAGGUUCAGCGGCUGAACAUGGAGGCCCCUCUCCAAUGGAACUCGAUCAGGCGCAAGAGGCCUUAUUAAGAGUACGAGCUGCCUGUGCUGAAAGGUCACUUGACCUACGACCAGCUUUUGGAGAACAUGAUGAACAUAACAACGGGCACGUAUCGCGUGCGCAAGUACGUCGCGUGUUGGCGCGACUAGGCAUUCUGGUGACGGCGGCUCAGGUGCGAGCACUGGAGACGCGAUACCUCGAUGACUGCGGCUUUCACUACGUCGCUUUGUUGGACGAGUUAGAGGAACGACCUGCAGAGAGCGCAACAAUCGCAGGUCCUGCGCCGGCGCCACGACGACCUCAACAGAGCACGGUUGACCCCCUCGAGACUGAUAUUGUACAAAUCCUUGCCAAGAUCAAAGGAAAGAUGGUGCGUGAAGGGGUGCGGCCUCGAGAAUUUCUGUCUCAAUUUGAUCCGCGCCGAGAAUUGAUCAUUUCUCGCGCUGACUUCUACCGUGGCCUAGGGGCUGCCGGCCUUGCCCUUUCACCUAGGGAGAUGGACACUCUUAUUGAAGUAUUUUGUUCCCCGGGACGGCGGCGCUAUGUGGAAUACGAGCGUUUCUGUUCCACGGUGGGCGAAGCACUGACACAAGGCGGACUGGAACGAGCUCCACUGCUGGAACCAGUGCCACACGUUCCUACCAUCGAUUCGCCGCUUAACUUCUUGAACUUUGAAGAACGCAAUAUCGUCGCCAACGCGCUAACUAAACUCGCCAAGUUCCCAGACCAACUCUCCAAUAUACUCGAAGUGUUCAAGGAUAUUGACAAGGAACGGUGUGGGACGAUACCACGCAUCUCCGUAGAGCGCGCUUUGUGCCAACGAAACCUUUUGCAGCUAGUAUCAGCCCGUGAAAGAGAGAUUAUUUACAAGUGCUUUGGGUACCGACGAGGCUGCGGCGAUGAGGUGAAUUACCGAGCCUUGUGUAAUGCACUCGACGUUCUCUUCGCUACAUCUGCCCAGCCAUGUUAG